CCGUCCCGUGGCGGCAGGAGAGCAGAGCCAUGCUGCACUGGGGAUACGACGAGCACAACGGGCCUGCCCACUGGAAGGAGGUUUUUCCUGUUGCUAAUGGAGACCGUCAGUCACCUAUCGACAUCAAAACUGAGGAAACCAAGUAUGAUCCUUCCCUCCGUCCUCUAAAUCCCAGUUAUGAUCCAGCUUCUGCUAAAAUCAUCCUUAACAACGGGCACUCCACCAGUGUGGAGUUUGAUGACACCGUCAACAAAUCAGUGCUGACUGGGGGGCCGCUCAGCGGGACCUACAGGCUGCGCCAGAUUCACUUCCACUGGGGAUCCAAUGAUGAGGCCGGCUCUGAGCACACGGUGGACGGGAUGAAGUAUGCGGCAGAGCUUCAUGUGGUCCAUUGGAAUGCAGAAAAGUAUUCCAGUUUUGUUGAGGCAGCUUCUCAGUCAGAUGGGCUAGCAGUCAUGGCUGUAUUUCUGAAGAUUGGUGAAUGCAACCCUCAGCUGAACAAGAUUACUGACCGCUUGGACACCAUCAGAAUUAAGGGAAAAAAAGCACUAUUCACAAACUUUGAUCCCAGCUGUCUGCUUCCCAAGUCCCUGGACUAUUGGACUUACUUUGGCUCUCUCACUGUUCCACCUCUUCUUGAGAGCGUCAUCUGGAUUGUUCUGAGAGAGCCCAUAAGUGUUUGUUCUGAACAGCUGGCCAAAUUCCGCAGCCUCCUGAGCACUGCUGAGGAUGAGGUUGCCUGCUGCUUGCUGAGAAACUUCCGGCCUCCCCAGCCUCUAAGGGGACGAGAAGUCAGAAGGAAUUAAAGGAGUAAAUCCAAAGUAGCCUCCCUCUGAAACCAAAG